AUGGGUAUGUUGUCCUCAAUUGCUUUCUGUGAUUCGACUCUAAAGCUGUCUUUAUUUUUUGUGUUAUUCAAUCCUGUCUAUUGGAAUGUCGUGUCUCGGCUGGAAUACUAUACACAUUUCUUAACUAAAAUAACGAAAAAUCCGCGGAACGGAUGCUACAUACUAGGAACUACAAUCUUCAGUCUUUGUCUGAUUAGAAGUCAUUAUUUCAUAGAAGCUAUGAAUAACCAAGCCACGUCGGAGUUCCUGCAGAAUUAUUUGACGAAAGCAAUUGCGAUUGUGCUUAUAAUCGUGGGUCAAGUCCUGGUUGUGACAUCGACGUAUCAGCUGGGCAUCGUUGGGACGUAUUGUGGUGAUUAUUUUGGUAUUCUGAUGAAAGAGAGAGUGACAGAGUUCCCCUUCAACAUCUGCAAUAAUCCCAUGUACCGAGGGUCCACCCUAACGUUCUUGGGCUACGCUUUGUUUUACGCUAAGCCCGCAGGUAUUCUCAUUGCCUAUUGUGUUCACUUGGUCUACGAAUCAGCCAUAAAAUUUGAAGAGCCAUUUACUAUUAAGAUUUACAGCUCUCAGAAACAGAACGGAAAAGCUGUGAACUGA